AUGAGAUCUCAGUUGCCUAAAAUGAACAGUUUCUACAGUGACAAACCCCCAGAUGAGGACCAUUUUGACGAAAAAGCAGAUUAUCCACGUGCCAGUAAAUACCAAACGUUGUGUUCGGUUUGUAACUGCUCUGCCUCAAAAUUCUGCGCCAGAUGCCACAGUCAGGCAUACUGUUCAAAGGAGCACCAAGUUGUGGACUGGAAGAAUGGACACAAACUCUACUGUGGAAAAGAUAUGCCAGAAAAAGAAAAACAGACUGCAUCCUCUAAAGUGUGUUUCCCAGAGUUUGAACUGCUCAUAGAAUCAGAAGAAUUCUCAGACAGUGACAAGGAGGACGAAAAAUCUGAAGAGGCAAAAUUAGAGGAAUACAGACAUUAUAUGGAAAGCAACCAAGAGGCAAUGUCUCAUUAUGAUAGCAAAAGUGCUGCUAAGGAUUUGGAAAAAAUGGCAGGACAGGAGAAUGAAGAUUACAAACAGUUCAUUAAGUUCAAGAUGAGAAUUCAGCAGGAGCCAGACCAGGUGCUGCGCUAUGAUAGAGGAGGGUCACCUCUUUGGGUGUCAGUUCACAAUGUACCAGAACCCAGUGAUAUCCCUAAUUGCAGCUGUGGAAAACCAAGGCAGUUCGAAUUUCAGGUAGGAUAG